UCCGCGGGGGGAGCCGCCGCUAGGGCCGCGCUGACGAUGUCGGGGCAGUCGAUCACCGACCGCAUCACGGCGGCGCAGCACAGCGUCACCGGCUCGGCCGUCGCCAAAGCUGUCUGCAAGGCGACGACUCACGAGGUGAUGGGCCCCAAGAAGAAGCACCUGGACUAUCUAAUACAGUGCACAAAUGAAAUGAAUGUGAAUAUUCCACAGUUGGCAGACACGCUCUUUGAGAGAACUGCGAACAGUAGCUGGGUUGUAGUGUUCAAAGCUCUAAUUACAACACACCACCUCAUGAUGUAUGGAAAUGAGCGCUUUAUCCAGUAUCUUGCAUCCCGAAACACUUUGUUCAAUUUAAAUAACUACCUGGACAAAAGUGCCAUGCAAGGCUAUGAUAUGUCUACCUUCAUUAGGCGAUAUAGCAGAUACUUGAAUGAAAAAGCACUUUCAUAUAGACUUUUAGCAGUUGACUUCACCAAAAUGAAAAGAGGGAUAGAUGGAGUGAUGAGAACCAUGAAUGCUGAAAAGCUUCUGAAAACCCUUCCAAUCAUACAGAACCAGCUUGAUGCACUCCUUGAUUUUGAUGCAAAUCCAAAUGAACUAACAAAUGGUGUUAUAAAUGCUGCCUUUAUGCUCCUCUUUAAAGAUUCCAUUAGACUUUUUGCAGCAUACAAUGAGGGGAUUAUUAAUCUUUUAGAAAGAUAUUUUGAUAUGAAGAAGAACCAGUGCAAAGAAGGCUUGGAUAUUUACAAAAAAUUUCUAGCCAGAAUGACCAAAUUGUCAGAAUUCCUCAAAGUAGCAGAGCAAGUUGGAAUUGAUCAGGGUGACAUUCCGGAUCUUACUCAGGCACCCAGCAGCUUGCUUGAAGCACUGGAACAGCAUUUGGCUUCUGUGGAGGGAAAGAAAACAAAAGAAGUCUCCGCUGCCAGCAGAGCUAGUGCCCUAUCCAGUGCUGUUUCCACACUUGCCAAUACAGGAAUGUCAUUUAGCAGGAUGGAUGAGAAAGAAAAGCAACAGGCAUUGGAGGAGGAACAAGCUAGACUGCAGGCACUUAAGGAGCAGCGAUUAAGAGAGAUUUCUGUAGUAUCAAAUUCCACAUCCACAUCAGCAUCCCCAAGCACCUUAUCAGGGAAAAGUGUGAAUACCACUGCAGCUGUUGACCUCUUUGCAGUACCAGCACCCACAACAAACAGCAUGCCCAACCUUUCUAGUGAUCUUUUUGAUCUUCAGCCUGCAUUUGUUCCAACUGUGCAGAGUACUCCAGCUAUAUCAACAUCAGCAAGCAGUGCUUGGGGAGGUCCUUUCUCGUCCUCAAAUGGUUGUGUUGGUUCUCCACCUCAUCUGGACAUCUUUGACAUGAAGCCAGUUGAAGAAGCUGUAAAAUCUACCACCCCUUUCAUCAAUUCUACUUUUUCCUCCAAACAAACGGUGGAACUGUUUAGUGAUGACUUUAGUGGUCAUAAACCUACAUAUGCUUCUGUGUAUCAUCCUCUGACUGUUGAUGGUUUUCCUCUUCAUUCAGCUCCUCCAAGUACCACCUCUUCAACAAUUAAUGUGGACUUUGAUGCUGUUUUUGGAGGAAAAUCUACAGCACCAGAGUACAGAACUACAAGUGAUGAUGUAUUGCAACCUACAGUACCACCACAAAGUCAAAGAGCCACUUUAGCCAACCAGCAAAGCGGAAAAAUUUUGGCAAAUGACCUCGAUUCUUCACUUGCUAAUCUAGUGGGAAAUCUUGGCUUUGGAGGAACUCCAUCCAAAAAAUCAGAUAUGCAGUGGACCCAGCCUACAGAGAAAAAACUUACUGGUGGAACAAACUGGCAAGCAAAAACAAGCACAUCAACCACGUGGAACCCUACUCCCUUACCCACUAUUCCACAUAUGGUACCUGCUCCUAUCGCAUACCCGUUGACCACACCUCAAGUGCCUGUAUAUGGAAUGGUACCUCCUCAGGUUGGAGCUGCUCCUUUGAUGGCACCCCAGUCAAUGAUGUAUACGCAGCCUGGUCUAAGGCCAACAAAUCCGUUUGCACCUGUUUCUGAAACUCAGAUACAGUUUAUGUAGAGCCGCCAAAGCAGCAAGAUGUGAGAACAACCAAAUACUGCAGAAAACUGUAUUUUAUUGAGGUUGACUCAGAAGGUGCAAGCUGGAUUAUCAUCUUCAAAGCUGAGAAGAGGGGUUACAUGGUUGCUCUACAACCUUAUUCAUCAGUGGAUUACCUUAGGAAGUUAACUGAGGAUGUCAAAGCUGUUUAUUUUCUCCAUAAAUUCUGUGGCUGUUGUAACCAAGACACAACACAAAUGAAGUUGAGCAAUAAAAUUUUUAUGUGCUCUAAUAAAUACUCUGAUAGAGCAAUGCUUGCAUUAUCAUAAGGCCAAUAUUGUGUGAAAUCAGACAGCUUUUUCACAUUAGGAUAGCUUAUAGUAAUUUGCAAACUUUAUAAUGUGAGUUUGAAAUGCUGUGAAUCAACAAGAUAUAUACAUAUUACAUAUAUAUAUAUAGUAAAAAUAAUAAAUUGCUCCAUUGGUAUGUCAGUGUUACACGGCUAGUUGAAAGAGCCAGGCUCUGAUAUGGGCUGAAAGUCUGUGACGGAGUAGGAAAAACAAGUAUGUUACAGAACAGCGUGUGCAGCCUCCAACAGGUGACAGUAGCUGCACUUCCAUCGAGUAUCUUCUCUGCAGCUAGCAUCUCUCAUAGCUCACGGAAGAGUCGCUUUGGGAGCCAGUGAAUGUAGGUAUCCCCAACAGCAGCAAAUGGGAGCAGUUUGAAAAUCUUGUUGUUAACUGCGAAAGAGGCAAGAGAUCCAAUUUUUUUUUUUUUUUAAAAGUCCAUUAGGUCAAAAGAAGCAAACCUUGCAAUAGUGCUGACACCUGUGAACUGGCAACUAUAUUGAAAUUAUCCAGUUGUAGAGAAUAGCUUGUGCUGCUUUUCUGAAAUAUGAACCUAGUUGUAAACCAUAUAAAAGCAAUUAUUUUUAAAUGUGUAAAUAUGUGCAAACUUUUAGAUAAUCUUUUCUUUAAUGCUGCAGUAAUCUUUUUCUUCUGUAGUAAUUUCAAGGUAAAAAUGCUAUGUUAAGAAAUCUGGACUCUUUUUCAGAGGAAAAUCUUUUAAAUCAACUAAUUUAUGAAGUAUGUUAUUCAUGAUGGGUCAGAUGUGUACAGACUUCUGGCACAUCUUUUGUAUUUAACAAUCUUCCUCCAAAACUGAAAUCGGCUAUGAAAAUGCCUUAUCUUGUAUUUUUCAAUGUCUGAUGAAAAGUGAUAGCAUUAAAAAAAAAAGUUAAUAACACGUAAAUGGAAUUGGGAGCAACCUUUUUUCCAGAAGUGUUGUGGCAGUAUACAAUGAAAAGCUCUCCUGUAAAAUGACUUCUACUAAUGAUUAAUAUUAAAGCUGAGUUUUCAAAAAAUGAAGAGUUUUCUAUUGUUACAAUAAAUAGACCUCCAGAGUAGCAUGUCUUUUAUCUUUUUGGGGAGUCUAUAAUUGCAGAAAUAUCUCUUGACUCUCACUAUAAAUGCAGAUAGGCCUGAGAAUCUUGUCAAACUGUUCUGUAGAGAACUUCUAAAAUACAGCACUUUCAUCAUAGUGGGAACAAGCCUUCUCUUUUCCUCUUUUCUAAAUGCUUAAUUCUGUCCAAAGAGUGCAAAAGUAGUAUUUUUUCACCCUAUGGAAAUAUUUUUGCCAAGUGAAACAACUCAAAAGUAACAAAAUAAAAAACCACCCCCCAACCCUUGGAAUCUGUAACCACUAACUCCCUGGGAAAUGCAACCUUGCAGAAAUUUCAAACUCGGAGUUUCUGAAUGUGUAUUGAUUUUAAAUGAAUUUGGACCGGUAUAUAGCAAUUUAAUGUUCAAGUUUGAAUUACAAAGGGCUUCAAGCUUUAGUCCACCUUUAUUGGGUUGAACAAUUGUACAAUUUUAAGCCAAUGAGUUCUUCAGUGCCUAUAGUUACCCUCCACAUGAUGAGGGAAGAGAUGCCAUUUAGAAUGGGUCAUUGUGUUGAGGGGACUGUUUAUUUAAUAGUGAAUUCCAUUGAUCUAUUCAGCAUUGAAAAGUCUUGAGUUCAAAUUAGACCAGUACAUGUAGUAAUACAUGUCUGGGCAUUAAUGACAGAGCUGAGAGCGCUACAAGCAGGCAGUUUCUAGCACUGUAAGCUGUUAGGUAUCUUUCUCAUACUGAGUUGUAUAAGUAAUAAUCCAUUAUUUUAAUAAAAUAUGCAAAUAAAUGCCUGGCAAACAGUAUAUAUUUGUUAUAACUAUUGCAGAGCAUUCUGAAUAUCUGGAAUGUACUUCGCUCAGAAAUGGAUUUAGUACUAGGUAUAGUUUGCACUACUUCUGAUUUGCUCUGGAUUUUUUUAAUGGUUCUUUGGUAUGCUUUCUUGUAGCAAAGCUGUCUGAUACCAAUUUAUUUAAUAUUAAAAAAGGAGAAACAGCCACAAAGUACAUCCUAAAAACUUUGUAAGCUACCUUCUUUUUAGUCUUGUUCAGAACGUUUGAUACAUUAAAAACACAGCUUUCAGAUUUAUCCUUAUGAAGAAAAGAUCGCUUUACACACUUCUCUCUGCACAAAAGUGCACAGGACUGCUUUUUGCCAACCUCUUCCUUGUGCACGUAUUGGAAUGCGUAAAAUGGCAGAGUACUGUGUUUUAAAUAACAUAGUUCAUACAUUAGAAGUAAAAAAGCAAGGACUUAGGAUGGUGUCAAGGCUUUUAUGGCUCAGAACCUGUUCUCCAAAAAACCACUUUGAAGACAAAGGUGGUUCCUGAGGGUAACUGUAAUAGCCCGCAAGGGUUGCAAAUAGUAGUUGCGAUGAGUAAAACACUGAGGAGGGAUGUAUAUAAAUGUGACUUUCCCUUUUGUUUCCUUCCAACUCGUUUGAUCAGAAUCCUGUUCUGAAUAUUUCAGAAAGCAGAUAACGUAAGAUGUCACUCCAUGUUUGUCUGAACAAGGAGGAAGACUUGAAGUAUGCUGUGCGCUUUGCAUUAUUGUACUUUAGUGGGUCAUUCAAGCCUAACUGUUGGGACUUCAUGCUGCUACAGGGAGGCUGUCUUUCGUGGGAUAUACCAUAAGAUAACUUCUGGGGGAAUUUGGAUAUGUUGAUUGUGUUAGGCCUGUUGGACUUGAAAGUGUACCUCUUCUUAAAUAACUGGGGUUUUCUAAUGCUCUCUAGGUAUAGUUUGACUCUGCCUCCAAGAAGUUAUUGGAAUUGAAUGUUUUUUUUUAAUUUUGGAUACACGUACUGGAGAAAUCUCAGUUCUGUGCACAUAGUGGUGGAAUACUUGUAGGUAAAAGUAACAAAUGGACUUUUUUUAAAAAAAAAAAAAACAACCACACACACAAAAAACAAACCACCAACAAAACUUCUGACUACAAGAUUGAAUACAGGGUGUGUCCCCGUCUGGGUUUUUUUGAUGUGUGGCAGGGAGGGUGGGGUUACAAUUAGAAUAGUAGGCACUGUGGAUCGGUGCUUAAUUUGUACAUAAAAAGGAAAACUUUGUUUUGGGUAGUUUGUAUUGUAAGGACAACAUCUAAAGGCACUGUGUAUCAGUCAUUUAUUUCCAUGUAAAAGAUUAUAUUUUUUGAGUAAUGGAAACUGUACAUGUUAUCAUUUAUACAUUACUGAUAGGUAGGAAUAUAGAAAACCUGUUGCUAUUACUCUGAAGUUGUAUCUGACUUGUCAUUGAUAUAUAUGUCACUGCAUCACUACUUUAUGCAGAUUCUCAUGAUCAUUUAUUUAAAGAGAUUGUAGUAACUGGUAGAGUUACAACAGGAAUAGUAACAUCAAAACUUUCAGUAUCUUUCAAACCUGUAUCCUUGUGAUUAAGUUUAAUCCUUUACCAAAUGUUUGGCUGGAAUUUCAUCUUGGAGCAAUGACAAAAUAGGUGCUGGAACAGAUUUCCCUCACCCCAACCCACACUUUACAUUAUUUAUUUAAUAGGUCUUGUUUUGUAUGUUAUGUUUUUCCCCAUAACAGGUUUGUGCCUUUUAUUGGAUAUUUAUUUAAAAGGAGCUACUAUAAUUUAGGUUGUUCAGGCUUUUUUUCAGAUGUAUUCUUGUACAGCUGUUCCUUUACAUGAGUUCCUUCAUUUUAUAAGAAUACGGAAUGUGUGGAAAAUAUACUAGCCACAAACUGGAAAAAAAUUUUGAGGGUUUAUGUUCUAUGAAUUAAUAAUUUUUUAAAAAGAAGCCUAAGCACAAGACUGGCUGUGUGAUAUUUUAAUUGUGGAACUUCACAAUUUGUUAAUACACAAACUGUUUGUUUUUUAAAAACUGCUCAUAUCCAAUUAUUUGAUGAAACAAGUUUUGGAAAAAAAAUAAACUUUGGCACA